AUGGCAGACGUACCGCCUCCUUCACUGUCCGAACUCAUGCGGAUGGUAGCCGAGCUGCAACAAGCCAAUCAACGAAUGGCUGACGAGAACCAGAUAAUGGCUGCACAGAUUGCUGAACUGAAUCAUGUUCGGAUCGAACAUGGCAACACUCAUCAAGAAGAGAACGGGGAGCAUCAGUCCCAACCGUCCCAUGUGUCGGAAACCGCUCGGAAUGAAGAACGACAGCCACAUGACGAGAAAGAAGAGUCCGAGGACGCUGUGGGCCCCUUUACAGAAGAAGUUAUGAACUUCGAACUACCGAAGAGGUUCACUCUGCCGCUGACCCUCACGCCUUAUGACGGACUCGGAGACCCAAAAAAUUUUAUAAAGAAAUUCCGAUCAAUAAUGAUCAUCAAUGGUGCAUCAGAUACAGUUUUAUGUCGAUGUUUUCCGAAUUAUUUAGACGGCCCUGCACUUGAUUGGUUGUGUGCUUUGCCUGCAGGUUCCAUUUCGCGCUUUCAUCAGUUGGCGAAGCUAUUCGAAGAGCAUUUUGCCGGAUCUGCCAUAUACCUGCACGACUCCGACUACCUGAACACUAUCAAGCAAGGACCAAACGAAAGCUUGAAAGACUAUAUGACUCGCUUCACCAAAGUCGCAAUCAGUAUCCCAGAUCUCCAUCCCGAGGUCCAUCUGCAUGCAAUUAAAAGCGGCCUCCGACCCGGGAAGUUCCAGGAGACAAUCGCAGUAGCAAAACCAAAGACUUUAGCAGAGUUUAGAGAAAAGGCCAAAGGACAAAUUGACAUUGAGGAGCUCAGACAAGCUCGGAAGUCUGACAAGCCACACUUCCGCGAAGAAGAAAAGAGCUCGUCCAGUAAGAAAAGUUUUAAACUAACACCUCGAUUUGAUUCUUACACGCAGUUUAACACCAAGAGGGAAGACAUAAUCAAGGAAAUCCUAAAUUCCAAACUAAUCAAACCACCAAGAAAGGCAGGCACAUACCAAGAUACAAGGAAUAUCGACAAAUCGAAGUACUGCACUUUCCACCAGAAGCAUGGCCACAAUACCGAUGAUUGCGUGGUCGCCAAGGACCUUUUGGAGAAAUUAGCCCGACAGGGACACCUCGACAAAUACAUAGGUAGUCACAUCCAGAAGCGCGGCUCGAGUUCAACAGCAAAUGAUGUCCCUGAACAACACCGCGGAAAAGAAAAAGCGCCUUCAGGCCAAUACGAAAGACCGCGAGGUAUAAUCAAUUGUAUUUCAGGGGGAUACGCAAGUGGAGGCUACUCCAAUUCGGCAAGAAAAAGAUCAUACAGGGCAAUAUGCUCGGUAGACAGACCAGAACGAGACGUAACCAUCACUAAUGCACAACCGGAAGUCACUUUUACGCAUGCCGACUUUAACUCCAAUGUACAAAACUUGGACGACCCUGUAGUAAUCGCCCUGCAGUUAGGAGAUCUCCUAGUAAAGAAAGUUCUCUUAGAUCCGGGAAGCAGUGCCGAUGUUUUAUUUUACUCCACCUUCCAAAAGAUGAAGCUGAGCGACAACAUGCUGCAGUCAACAGGAGGAGAUUUAGUCGGAUUCUCAGGAGAACGAGUUCCGAUACUCGGGUCAGUGUGGUUACAAACCACACUGGGUAAGCAACCUCUUUCCAAAUCUAAUGAUAUUCAAUAUUUAGUUGUUGAUUGUUUCAGUCCAUAUAACAUUAUUCUCGGCCGUCCUUUUUUAAAUAAGUUCGGCGCUAUUGUAUCCACUGUUCAUCUCUGUGUGAAGUUCCCAUUGCAGGAUCACCAGAUUGUCACAAUCCACGGCGACCAUAAAGAAGCACGACAAUGCUACAACAUCAGCAUGAAAUUGCAAAGUCGCCCAACCCAACAAGUCAACAACGUCGGCCUCAACUCAACAGAACACACACUAGCCGAGCUGGAUCCAAGAGCAGAUUUCUCCGACCGCCCAAAACCCUCUGACGACUUACAAAAAGUGUACUUCAACAACGACCCUAAUAAAUUUACGUAUGUUGGUAACUCACUAGAUGCGUCUGAGUUGCAGGCCAUAACAACUUUCCUACAAGAACACGCCGACCUUUUUGCAUGGACACCAUCAGACAUGCCCGGCAUAGAUCCAUACAUCAUCAGUCACAGGUUGGCGACGAAUUCGUCCAUCCGACCAGUGCAACAGAAGAAACGUCAACUCGGCGAGGAAAAAAAGAAAGCAUCAUUAGAAGAGACACAAAAGCUCAUUGACGCCGAAUUUAUCAAAGAGAUCCGAUUCACCACUUGGUUAGCAAAUGUGGUAAUGGUAAGAAAACAAAACGGUAAGUGGCGCAUGUGCGUCGACUUUACUGAUCUAAACAAAGCAUGCCCAAAGGAUUCUUAUCCUUUGCCAUCCAUAGACUCUUUAGUGGACAAUGCAUCAGGCUACGCCACUUUAAGUUUUAUGGAUGCUUAUUCCGGAUAUAAUCAGAUAAUGAUGCACUCUUCUGAUCAAAAUAAAAUAGCUUUUAUCACUGAUUUGGGUAACUAUUGUUAUAAAGUUAUGCCAUUUGGAUUAAAGAACGCAGGUGCAACUUAUCAACGCCUCAUGGAUAGGAUGUUUGCUAAACAAAUCGGCAGGAACAUCGAAGUCUAUGUCGAUGAUAUGGUGGCCAAAACAAAGGUCGGAGACAACCACAUCAAUGACCUAACAGAGAUUUUCGGCCAGAUCCGCAAAUACAACAUGCGGCUCAACCCCGAGAAAUGUGCAUUCGCCGUCCAAGGGGGUAAGUUUCUGGGUUUUUUAUUAACCCGCAGAGGAAUAGAGGCGAAUCCAGACAAAUGCCGAGCAGUGCUGGAAAUGGCCAGCCCCAAAACGGUAAAAGAAGUUCAGCGCCUAACAGGACGACUCGCAGCACUUUCCAGAUUUGUUCCUUGCCUUGCCUCAAUUUCCAUUCCUUUUUUCCAAACAAUUAAAAAGAAAAACAAAUUUGAGUGGAACGACGAUUGUGAGAGAGCAUUUUCAAAAUUAAAAACAACACUCUCACAACCGCCAGUUUUACAAAAACCCCUACAAGGGGAAGAUUUAUUUUUAUAUCUAUCAGUUACUGAUUGGGCGGUAAGCUCAGCCCUUGUGACCGAAAGAAACAAUGUUCAGCACCCGGUAUACUUCGUCAGUAAGACACUACAACAUGCCGAGCUCAACUAUCCAAGGAUUGAAAAGCUCGCCCUAGCACUAGUAUUCUCGGCACGGCGCCUCCGACCUUAUUUCCAAAGUCACGUUGUCCACGUCCGAACCGAUCACCCAUUAAGACAGGUGUUACACAAGCCAGAGCUUGCAGGCAGACUAAUAAAAUGGGCAGUCGAACUAUCCGAAUUUGACAUCAGAUAUCAUUCCCGAGGACCGAUCAAGUCACAAUUCCUGGCGGAUUUCAUCGCCGAGCUCACAAUCCCGUCCGAAGACGACCAUGCGAAACACUGGAUCUUAUAUGUCGACGGUUCUUCAAACAACGGUGGAUGCGGUGCAGGAAUUCGCCUGGAGGCCGACGAUGGGCUUAUAUUAGAACACUCAAUACACUUUGGUUUCAAAGCAAGCAACAACCAAUCAGAGUAUAAGGCAUUGCUCGCCGGAAUCCGACUCUGUUUAGAUCUACAAAUCUCAGCAAUAAAGGUAUACUGUGAUUCAAUGCUAGUCGUCCAGCAGGUAAACAACCUUUUUCAAGUUAAAGACCCUCUACUCUCUAAAUACUUGUCGUUAGUAAAAAAGUUAACAAAAAAAUUUUCUAAGUUUGAAUUAGAACACAUACCACGUGAACAAAACCAAAGAGCAGAUAUCUUAUCUAAACUUGGAAGCACACAGUCCGAGCUAUCAACAUUGCAACAAUUUACGAUAACAUCACCCACUGUGACUCUGACAAAUGUGUUGAGUGUAUCACAUAUAGCAGAUUGGAGGAACGACUUCAUACAAUAUUUACAAACAGGUACAAUACCAGAGGGGAUUGAGAGCAAUAAAAGAUUCCGACGACAAGCAUCUUUCUUCACACUACUCAACGGGGCAUUGUACCGACGAGGUUACACUCGGCCUCUGCUCAAAUGUCUCAACAACACAGAAGCCGACAUAGCUUUAGCAGAAGCACACGAAGGAAUCUGCGGCACCCAUACGGGAGCUCGGAGUCUAACAUCCAAGAUCCUAAGAGCCGGAUUCUUCUGGCCAACUUUGAAACAGGAUAGCCAAGAAAAGAUCAGGUCAUGUAACAACUGCCAACGGCAUGCACCCUUAAUACACAUACCAGCUGAGGAAUUACAUCAAUCCGACAUCAGCUGGCCAUUUAAUCAAUGGGGUUUAGAUAUACUCGGGCCAUUCCCAACGGCGCCGGGCCAGGUAAGAUUUCUAAUUGUAGGAAUUGAUUAUUUCUCCAAAUGGGUGGAAGCCCAACCUUUAGCAAAAAUAACAUCAAAACAAAUGAUUUCAUUCGUCUGGAAAAAUAUUAUUUGUCGUUUCGGCAUACCUCAACACAUCACAACUGACAACGGUCGCCAGUUUUCCGAUCAGAAAUUUCAAGCUUUUUUGCAGGACCUCAAAAUAAAGCAACAUUUCGCAUCCGUUGAACAUCCUCAAACAAAUGGCUUAGCCGAGGCUGCAAACAAAGUCAUCAUUCAUGCCCUAAAGAAAAAGCUUGAUGACACAAAGGGACUUUGGGCCGAGCUAAUACCUGAAGUCCUCUGGGGAUACAACACCACUCCUCAAACAUCUACAAAAGAAACCCCUUUCAGACUGGUAUACGGAUCAGAAGCAAUGAUUCCUCUGGAGAUCUCCCAAGAAUCCAUUAGAACUCACACAAGCAACCACGACGAAGCUCGGAGAGCCGAACUUGACAUCAUCGAAGAAAUCAGAGAAAUCACCGCCUUAAGACAACGAGCAACACAGCAAGCAAUCGCACGACAUUACAACAAGUCGGUCAAAAAAAGAGAAUUCGUCAAAGGGGACCUAGUCCUCCGCAAAACCGAAACUGCUCGGAAACCACCUUCACACGGGAAGCUCGCCGCCAACUGGGACGGCCCAUACCGAAUAUCAGAAGUACUCGGCAACGGAGCAUACAUACUCGAAUUAAUUAAUGGACGUGUAUUACCGAAUAGUUGGAAUGCUUCAUCCCUAAAGAAAUUUUACAGUUAA